UCGCGCGCGUCUCACAGCACCUGCGCCCGGGUCCUGCUGGCUCGCGCCGGCAGCGUCGCUCGCGAAACGCGGAAGAUGGUGGCGAGCGUACGGGUGCGCAAGCUGCUGCGACGGUACAAGCCUGCCAUCGCCGCUGCGCUCGCCGUCCUCCUCGUACAGGGGCUGGUGGUGUGGAGCUUGAGGAGUCUGGAAGAAGGAGAGGUGGAGAAGAAGCACAAGAAGUCCAAGCUCCCGGACAGCAACAGUCAGGAUUCCCGAAGGGCUGCCGCCGCCACCUGGGAGCGACAGAAUGGUGCCUUGAGUCGGAACCGCAGCAAGGGGAGGCUCGGCCGGGACCGCUUCGGAGCCAACGCGGCCCGAGCCCCGAUCCAAGAUCCUGGGCGUCGCGGUGACGCCGGCAGGAGUGCCGGAGGUAGCUCCAGGAGGCAGGCGGUUGCGGGAGAGGGGGUGCCGUCCAGCAGCCGGAACUUUACGGACCCGAAGGCUGAAGAUGGUGUGGCGGCGCCCCAGCCGGGACAGCAGCAGGGUGAUGCGGGCAGCGUGGAGGGAGCGCCUCCGGCCCUUAAUGGUGACUUUGCACCUAAGUGCGAGGUGGUGGGCAAGGAUGCCCUGUCUGCCCUGCACCGCGCCCCCUCCCGCCAGUGCAGGCAGGAGAUUGCUGAUGUCGUGUGCCAGCAUCAGGAAGGCAGACUCAUGCCAGAGUCAUUUCCUCAGUUCUGUCCUCAGCAGCAUGGCUUCUCCAAUCCAGUGCUGCAUGGAGGAGACAUGGACAAUGAGCCGGCUAAAGCAGAUGACCCAGUACGGGUGGCAUACAUGCUGGUGGUUCACGGUCGUGCCAUACGGCAGCUGAAGCGCCUCAUCAAAGCCAUAUACCAUCAGGAUCAUUUCUAUUAUAUCCAUGUGGAUAAGCGCUCUGACUACCUGCACCGUGAGGUAUUUCGGAUCACUGAGCUCUACCCAAACGUGCGUGUCACGCCUUGGCGCAUGGUAACCAUCUGGGGAGGUGCCAGCCUGCUGAAGGCCUACCUACGCAGCAUGGAGGAUCUGCUGUCUAUGCAAGACUGGCAUUGGGACUACUUCAUCAACCUAAGCGCCACCGACUUCCCCACCAGGACCAAUGAAGAACUGGUGGCUUUUCUUUCUAAGCAUAGAGACAAAAACUUUCUCAAGUCUCAUGGAAGAGAAAAUGCAAGGUUCAUCAAGAAGCAGGGCCUGGACCGCCUUUUCCACGAGUGUGACUCCCACAUGUGGCGGCUAGGGGACAGGACCAUCCCUGAGGGCCUCGAGGUCUCCGGGGGCUCUGACUGGUUUUCCCUGACACAUCGCUUCGUAGAGUACGUCAUCCAUUCUCAGGACCUGCUGGUGUCUGGGCUUAAGAAGUUCUACGGCUACACCUUACUCCCUGCUGAGUCAUUCUUCCACACAGUACUGGGUAACAGUCACAUGUGUGACACACUGGUGGACAACAACCUGCGCGUGACCAACUGGAACCGCAAGCUGGGUUGCAAGUGCCAGUAUAAGCACAUCGUGGACUGGUGCGGCUGUUCGCCCAACGACUUCAAACCCACAGACCUCAUCAGGAUCCAGCAACUGACUCGGCCAACAUUCUUUGCUCGCAAGUUUGAAUCGAUAGUGAACCAGGAGGCCAUCGACAUCCUGGAUGUCCACCUGUAUGGGCACUACCCCCCCGGCACGCCAGCACUCAAAGCCUAUUGGGAGAACCUGUUUGAGCAGGAGGAUGGACUGAGCACACUCAGUGAUGUGGCACUCACCUCCUACUUGUCCUUUUUCCGCCUUGGUGUCCGCAGCCUUGAGGAAACCCACAAUGGGGAUGGAUCCUGCCGGUACGAGCCCAUUGGUUACCCUGUGUCCGUGCACCUCUAUUUCUACGAUGACCGUUUCCAAGGCUACCUUGUGAGGCAGGAGGCGCAGAAUGCAAGGACGCAAGCGAGGGAGGUUCUCGAGGUGUGGGCUUUGCCCCAGGCUACUCUGCAGCUGGAGAGCAACCUGCGGGAGUUUGAGAGACUCAAACACCUGGAGGUGGGGGCACAGUGGGACCCCAAAGAGAGGAUCUUCCGGAACUUUGGAGGGAUUCUGGGCCCUCUGGAUGAGCCAGUGGCAGUACAGAAGUGGGCAAGGGGUCCUAACUUGACAGCUACCAUUGUCUGGAUUGACCCAGCUCACGUUGUGGCAGCCUCCUAUGACAUCAGUGUGGAUGUGGAGGCGGAGUUCACACAGUACAAGCCACCGCUGCAGCACCCCCUGCGGCCUGGAACGUGGACCGUUCGGGUCCUGCGCCUCUGGGAACGUGUGGCUGAGAUCCAGUUCCUGGUGACGCCACUGGCUUUCAAAGGUGGACAGGCACUGCAGAAAGAGGAGGACAGCUGGCUGCACGCAGGGCCCCCUGGGAACCUCUACAUGGAUCAGGGUUUUGAGCAGCUGAACCAGGUUCUGAAGCUGUCUGCUGGGCCACAGGCACUAGAGCUGGCCCAGAGGAACUCCCAGCUGGUGGGCAGGUUGCUCGAGGACUGGGUGGACCGCAGCAUCAGGGCAUUUUGGCUCACUGGAGACAUGUGCACCACUGCCUCUUCGCUCUGCCCUUCUCUGGGACCCUGCUACAAAUCCACCUGGAGCCCCCUGUCACCUGACCCCAAAUCAGAACUUGGACCCGUCAAAAGUGAUGGAAGGAUUCGGUAACCUGUGGAUAUUUCCACAGGCAAAGUACGCAGAGCAGUUCAUGGUUGAGCAAAUGACUUGGGGCCUGAUGAGGAUGCUGCAGUGAACCUCAGAAGAACUUGUUAGAAAGCUUAAGAAAAAGUUAGGAUUUUUUGCACAUAAAGAAUUCAGACUUCGGUUUACAUUAGUUCUCACAUUUCUGCAAUGAUUUUUUUGCCUUUUUAAUACUGUGAGAUGUGAUGCAUCGUGAAUAUGAAAUGGCCGACAAGCUUCGUUUUACCGGAGGGGAGGACGAUGGCCACAUUUUUACCUCUUCAUUGUAUUUAAUGUCAAAUAUCGGUGACUUUCGGUUUUUACUUUUUCUACACAUUCAUUGUUCAAGCAGCAGAAAACGAUGAAAAGUGCACUUUAUUGUAAGACUUAACAUCAGCAAUCCUUCUCUGAGGGAGUUUUGAAAAGGGGAUGUUCAGAAGUCACGACCAAAGUCAUUUCACACAACUUUUUUUGGUGUGUUUGCACAGGUCAUUUAUCUGACCCAGUAAGUGCCUCUGCGGUACGGUGCUGUUGUACAAACACACCAGGUUGGCUGGCUUCAAAAGAUAAGUGCAAAGAUGUAAAGUGCUUUGGCCCUCUUGCAUGGUAACUGUGACUUCCCCCCCUUAACAGAGGUGAUGUUUGAAAGACAUCUGGACUAUCCGGUGUCAAAAGCCACUGGAGUUUUAGCAAAAGGAAGUGCCUUCCUUUCACUCAUCCAUACAUUUUUCAUGUGCACUCAUUAUAUUUACAUUCCAUGUUGCUGUAUGUUUUAGUAUGGUCAGAAACAUCCACUUUCUGGAUAAGAUCAAGUGAUUUUUGAAUUGUCCAUCCAGAUUAGUAGGGCUGCAUUUAAGGCCUGCAUUCUUACAAAUAAAUUAAUGAAAUCCAGAUUUCCCCUCCCUCCGCAACUAUUUUAUGUGUAUGAUUUUGUUUUCCUUACGCUUCAGUUGAGAAUGUCAUGGUAAUUCAAAACAAAAAUGGAAUGCUGUAAUACUUCAACAUGCACACAUGUCAUGUUCUUAAAGGGAAAUUGCACUAUGUUUUUACAGUCUUCAGAAUUCAGAGCUGUCAAGCAAAAUUAUCACUUCAUCCUAAUUUUAUGCUAUUUUCAAUCUAGCAUAAAUUUAAAAGAAACUUUAACAAGGGCAAUUGCUUCCAUGAAGCUUGAUUCAGCAGGACAUUAGGUAUUUUUCUAUUUUAAUGACAGAUCUAAUUUCAAUCCUACCAGCACCAGAAGACCGGGAGUCUCCUUUCCUUUUUGGUACAAACACAUCCUUUGUACUCUUUAGAUGAGUGGAUGGGGGCAUUCCGUCUUUGGUGUUCUCACCCAGUGCAGAUACGGUGUAGACCUUACCCGAGCAGGCCUCCACCUACCAUUCAUUAGUCUGAUCCUGCCAUUAAAUGUCUUUUUAAAGGUUUGGGUUGGUUUCUGUUUCGCUGAAAAAUCUUUCUACACGUACCUGCCUUGGUUCGCUACUUCUUUGAAAUAACAUCCAUCCUUUUACAGUUUUACUCUCUGUGAUUGUUGCAAGUGCUUUUGUUCAGAGAAGUUAACCAGUUUUGACACAGCGGAACACUUGAUGUGUUUACGAGAGCUCAAAGUAAUUAAGUUCACAUACCUUGUUUCACACCCUUUCACUUUGGGUUACAAGGCCACAUGCUUAACCCCUGUGCUGCUCUUUAGCACUAAAAUAAUCUGGGAUAGUUUCUUACUUUUAGUAUGUAGAAACAACCAUCAGUAAUUUAUUUUUCCUGCAGUAUUGAUACCAGGAUUCUUGUUGGUGGUU